GCCCGUCGCGCGCGCCCUCGCGCGUGCGGGCGAGCGCCGUGGCCACGGCGUGGGCCUGCGCGCCGCCGUCGACGAGCGCGUCGACCUGCGACGCGUCCUGCGUCAGCGCGAGGAGCGUCUUUGCUGCUUCCGUUCGGAAGGUUUUGCCGUCCUGGCCUUGCAUGUUGAUGUUCGAGGCUAUGACUCCUAGGAGCUCCUCCAUGGUGCUGUGCUGCAGCUGCUGCAAACGCGGUACGUGCGCCUCGUUGAUGAGUUAGGGCUGUUAAUAUCGACGUGUCGAUGACUCGUGCGGCUGUGCCAGGAACGUGACGUGCUCAGGGAAGCAAUGCGGAGAGUUAUGCUGGCCAAUGUCGCCAGCCUGCAGCAGAGACAAAGGCACAGCCCAGAGGUCGCAAAAACCAACUAGCCCCCCAAAGAACUGCGGCUGCCCCGAGAGACGUCGAUAUUUGAAGUCCUCUCGGUCGUCAACGCCGUCGCCGCAACUGCCGCGCGGGGUGGGUGUGGCAUGCCAGCAAAGUGGACCACCUUGGGAUAGUGCAUAAGCCGCCUGCGCUACGUUGCGCCACUCAUUCAUCCGCCCACCCGCCUUUAAUACAUCGGUGCACUGGCCGCCGGACUGAACUGGACCCGGGCAGGCAGACCGAUGGCGCCGCGCCGCCGCAAGGGACGCGUGAAUCCGAAAAAGACUACUAAGCCCCCGAAGACCUUCCAAAUCAUCGUCAAGAGUCUCUCUGGCCAGGUGUGCGAGCUGGAGGUGGUCGCCGAGAUGACGGUCUACAAACUCAAGGAAAAGCUGACGGGAACUCUCUUCCCUCCGACCCCAAGGCCUUUCCUCAUCUUUGAGCAUGUGAAACUAGAGGACAGCCGCAGACUCUCAUUCUACAACAUCAGGAAUGGCUCGGAGCUCUUCUCGGUGAGAGACUUCGAGACGAUGGUCCGUCGGGGAGAUAUUACGGACAACGAAAUUCCCCGUAAUAAUCCCGAUAGGCGAGUCGCGAGGCAUUUCCUACGGCGUGUUUGUGACAACUGCGGUCGGCAGGGCACGUUCAAAGAACCGCGUUUGAACGUGUGCUAUUGUGGCGCGAGGCGCUACUGUAAUGAGCGUUGCCAAUCCGCCGACUGGAGAAGCGGCCACUCCCGCAGAUGCGCCGCAGGCCAUACUUUCCCGGAGGAUGUUAUGGAUUGCCUAGAUUUCUUGAAGUUUGACCUCGAGGAAGGAACGUGUACCGCCGACGAAUUCGAGCGCGCCUUAGGCGAAAUUUUUGAGCAGUACCCGCCCCCCGCCGACCGCGAGCGCUAGUG